CGUCGUAAAUCAUCAUGCAGCUACAGGCCGUCGCGUCGUGGCGCUUUUCACUACUCAUCGUACGGAGAACGGCGGACGUAGAGCGAAGAUUCAGUAUUAUUACCCCUCGUUAUACUCCUUCGAGUGUAUUUCAUUUAGAUCUUCCAGGAAAACGGAAAUCAUCUUUUGGGUAGAGAUCCAAGUACCACUCCUGGAUCUCCGAGAUAACCGAUGACGUGAUGUCAUCGUUUUCGCACCCCAAAAAAGAAACGCGAUCAGCUCGUCGUAAGCUGCAUUACUGCUUGCUUCCCAGGCAUUGCAUUUCGGUGACCGGGUGCUGCGUACAUUUUCUUUUCUACCUUCCAUCCAUCUCUAUGUACCCAUAUUUUCCGAGACGUCUAGUACCGCCGAGAGCACACGAAACGAACGCCGAGUUUAUUAAGUCCAGCCUUGUAUGUAAACCCCACCUAUCAUCGGCGCCUCGUAGCAUGAGUCAUGAUUAGUGGACUCCGCCUAUUCUCAAGAGGCUGGAAUGU